AUGGGUGAAAACGUACCGGUAGCUAGUAGCGGAAGUAAAGUUACAUUCAAAAUUACACUGACUAGCGAUCCGAAAUUGCCAUUUAAAGUAUUAUCCGUUCCGGAAUCAACACCAUUUACCGCUGUACUAAAAUUUGCGGCAGAGGAAUUCAAAGUACCCGCAGCAACCUCCGCAAUCAUUACUAACGAUGGAAUUGGUAUAAAUCCUUCACAAUCAGCUGGAAAUAUAUUUCUGAAACACGGCAGUGAGCUGCGAUUGAUACCACGAGAUCGUGUUGGUGCUAUUUAGAGUAAUUAAAUUGGAGCUUAGAUUUAUCCCCUUGUUGGUUUUUUUUUUGAUAAUUUUCACUAUACAAUAACAUAGUUUCGACAAUGAGUGGUUAACCUUGUUAAUCUCUAUUUAUUUAUAUCUUCUAUCCUAUUCAUGUCUGUGAUCAUGUGCAUGUUUGUACAUCUGGGCUAUAUUGCGGUGUAAAGAGUUUUCUUCGCAAUACUUUUGCCUUGAGAGAAUGGUGUCAAAACACGUAUACUUUGCCUUUACGACUAUACGCCUGAAAUCAGUGUUUUAUCAAGAAACGAGCAGGAGCAGUAUGCAGUUGAGCCCAGCACAAAAGCAUUUCGUUGGAAAAGCGGUAGAACUAUCAACGUUCGCAAUUCAAUGGGGAUUCGUGCCUUUCGUCGUCUUCCUCGGCUUCAGACAAGGUCCCGAACCAAUGCCGAAUGGGCAGAUAGUGCCUUUCACGAUACUCAGCUUAUUAUGGGGCUAGAGCUGCGCUUACGAAGGAAAGCAUAAAGUUCACGUCUCCUGUUAAUAAUGUUUAGGUUCACUAGUUGUCUGAUUAGCUGAUACUGUAUCGUCGUUCGUCCUCAUCAUUCUUUACUUAGCUUGAAGUGACUGAUAUUGUUCUUUGUGUAAUAUGAUACGACUGAUAUCGUUCUGUACGAUUGAUAUGUGACU